AUGCCCGCGGCCGGCUUUCACAUUUUGCAGACAGACGCCGGUUUUCGAAGUACGCACAAACACAGCGGCACUCCAAGAUCAUCGUUAUUAUUUGUCGUUCGUUUUACCUUCAAGUCGAUUUCCUAAGUCUCAACGGACGUUUUGUACAUCAACCGACUGUUUGGUAAAUAAAUUCACGUUCGUUAAUUUUGAACUGCACAGGACGUUUUGCGUUAUUAAUUGGAAGAUAAUGGAAAACCGGGCAAGGAAUACGUUCGUACUGCUGACAAUUGUAUUUGCAUUCGCUUUGCAAUGCAUUUCGGCGGGAGACUCUACCGCCCCACCUGCACCCCCUGCAUCCGUCAACCCUGCAUCCGACAGUCCUGCAUCUGUUAACCCUGCACAAGUCAACCCUACACAUGUUGAUUUGCCAGUGGACCACACAGAACACGUCGUCAAAACCGCACCGCAUGUUUCAAAUAACGACUCUUCGACACAACUCAUAAACAUUGAAGUAUACUACGAAGCAUUGUGCAAGGAUAGCGUUAAUUUCGUCUCAAAAGAGUUAUUACCUGUGUAUAAUAAGCUAAACAAGUUCAUCAAUGUGACAUUAAUUCCUUUUGCUCAAGGAAAUAUCACCAUUGACACGAACAAGACUGUUAAUGUCACAUGUAGACGUGAUGGAGAGUGUAAUGCUGAUAAAGUACACGCUUGUGGUAUUAAUAAAAUCAAAGAGAGUGAAAAACUAAUCAAAUUUGUGAAUUGUUCUUUGACUGAAGGAUUCAAUAGUCCAAAUAAAACUAUCCCAAUCGAAGUGUGUGGCAAAAAUAGUAGCAUUGAUAAUAACACAAUUUCUGAAAUCACCGAAUGCGCCAAUAAUACAGAUACAUGGUCGCCAUUAUUGCAAAAUUAUAAGAAUAUGUCUUCUAGUGCUAAUGUGACAACUGUACCUAAAAUUUUAGUCAACAAGGUUGCUGAAGACUUUACAUCAAUCAAUUUAAUGAAAGUCGUAUGUAAAAAAAUUAAUGAUAAAGAUUUACCAGAGGAAUGCAAGACUAUUGUUAGUGGAUCAGAUAAUCUUGUUGUUGGAGUAUUACCAAUAAUAAUUGGUGCUUUUUAUAUCAUAAAAAUGAUCUAAGUCUUAAUAUAUAAGGAUUAUAAUAUUUUAAGUUUAUAUUUUUAACUAACUAUUCAUCUUAUAAUCUGUUAGUUCUAUAAGUAUCUUUUUUUAUUACCUAUUAUUGCUCAUUAAUAUAUAUAGUGUAUGCCACAUCCUUAUAUAAUAGUGAUUAAAAAUGUUAGUGUAUAUCCAUUUGUCUCUUAGACUUACAUAGUAGUACAUGGUAGAAAUUAGAAACACAUCAUGAUUUGUAACGGACAUUUAAUUAUGUAAAAAACGACUAUACAAAAAUGUUAUGUAUUUUUUUUUUUUUUUUUAUCUAAUUUUCAAGUAAAAUGUUUUUGAGAGGUAGAAGUAUUUAUGUAAUAACCAUUAUAUUUGUAAAGAUUUCUUUAAGGAUCUAAAAUUAUUAUUAGUUAAAUUAUUAUAUUCAUUUAUUAUAUUUUUAAUCAUUAUUGUGAAAUAUUUAUUUUUUAUGAUGUACACACAAAUCAAUGAAUACCAAGUAAAUGCCAUAUUAAUUAAAAAUUAUUAUUCCUCAUUAAUCAUUAUUGACCUCUUUAGAAAAUUAUAUUGACUAAAAAUUUUUAAAUUGAUUAGUGAUUACAAAUUAACAAUUAAACUUGGAAACCUUUGUUAUAAUCAUGUUAAUUUGAGUAAAUUUGCUAUAAAUUAUAAUCUAUAUUAGCUUUUCUAUUAAAAUAUAAUGAAUAGCCAAUAUCUAUAUCAUUGGUUAGGUUCCAAACAUUCAUCAUAUUAGUAUGAUAAUUAUUGAUAACAUUUAAGUUCAUACAAUUUGUAUAAUUAUUUUAUCAAUAUGCCAAUAGAGCGUUAGAAUUAUAUUACUGUAAAUAUAAUUGCUAAUGUAUAUUUCGACAUUAAAAAUAAUGUAAAUCAAAUUGCAAAAGAUAUAAAUUACUGUGAUUGUGAAGAACACAUAUUAAGAAUUAUAAUAACCACUUAAAAAACUAUUAACUGUCAAUUAGGUUGUAUUUAUAUGUAUUAAGGGCGUUUAAGUUAAAUUAAUUAUUAGGAGCACUAAUCUAUCAAUUAUUUUUAAAUGUUGUUUGUUUUAUCCUAUUUAAAUAAUCAAUUUAAAAGAUUUUUUGUAAGCGUUUAUAAAAAUGUAUUAAUUAUAAACAUUUUGACUUCUAGCAUAA